UAUCAAAGACACCGUUCGUUCUUCAGAGAAGCAACAACGUGAAAACGAGCUGAGCUAACAUGAAGUUCCUAAUUGUAGCCUCCUUCUGCGUUGCUGUGGCUCUUGGCCAGAAUGUGAUUCAGUCAAAUCCAAACGUGCGAAAUCUGCCUGCUGAAGUCCGCAAAGAGGCUCCUGGUCAAUGCUACGGAUUCACUGCCAGAAGGGCCUUCCCUGUGGGCCAGUCUUGGCAACUGGCUCCCUUCUGUGGUAGAGCCACCUGCCUUCAACAAGGAAACCAGCUGUUCGAAAAGGUGGAAGACUGUGGCUUUGAGCCCAAGCCAUCUCCCGGCUGCAGAGUCAAGAACGAAGCCGACCAAGCUAAGCCAUACCCAGCCUGCUGCCCCGUGUACGAGUGCCAGCCAGGUGCCACCCUUCAAUACCCAACUGAGCAAGAACUGAGAGCUGCUGCUCAGCAAAAUGCUCAAGCUGCACAGGGUGCACAAGAAUAAUCACUCGGUCAGAGAGCGUCAGUUUUCAAUGAGCAGGACUAUAACUGAGCCUUAAUGUACAAAGUGUGUACAGUUUAUUACCAAAACAGUUAAUUUAUACAGAUUCUUCAUCUCUCAGAGGACUAACUAAUUUCAAUAAGUACAACAAGCCUUGGAUAAUCUAUUCAAGAAAUAUUCGUCAAAAACGUUCUUAUCGCAUUUUCAAUAGCUUGUGUAAUGUUUAAGAACUUGAUCCUACCAUACUAGCGCGUUAGAGGAAAUUGUUGAAGGUUUUUUCUAAAAAUGUUACUUUUAUUGUUAAAACAUAUUUUUCAGACGUAAUUAAUAAAGAGAUUUUUUUCCUCA